UUCUGACCGGACCCGAAGAUGCAGAAAAAUACGAAGCCGCCGUGGGUGUUCUGGAAACUCUGAUCCGGAGGGACACAGCCACCGCACAAGAGAUGAGUGUGGAACUGGCAAAAGUCUUGCUCCACUUGGAGGAGAAGAGCUACAUUGAAGGGUUCGUAGGACUUCGACAAGGUGCCUUGGUGGCUGUGACUGUCGCAGACCCCAUCCGAGUGGCCAAUUAUCUAACGUCAGAAUUCUACUCCCUGAAUUACAGUCUACGUCAACGUAUGGACAUCCUGGAUGUGCUGGCUGUGUCUGCCCAGGAACUGUCUCGGCCAGCUUCAUCUCCCUCAAAGCCAAAUGCCAGUCGUCCCAGUAUCCAAAUCAUCUCUCAUGACGCUUCUUCUCCAGACUGGAAGAAAGUGGUGGAUGAGAGGAUCAGAAGCAAGACUCGGAGAUUUGCAAAGGGUCGGUCCCAAGCAGAACAAUUGGGCACCCCUAACCAGUUUACUCCAGUUGCUGGCCAUUUCUUCUUCCCACUUCUUCGGAACUUUGACAGGCCUCUGACCACCUUUGACCUUUUGGGGGACGAUCACCUGGUGCUAGGUCGACUGGUGCACACGCUGGCGAUUCUCAUGUAUUUUGCUGUCAAUGCUGCG